AUGGAUCCGAAAGAAAGGAGAGAAGAUGCUGGUGAGGAUCGUCACCUAGAAUCAGAAGAAGGUUCAUCUGGAGAAGGAAAAUCGAGUGAACUCAGGAAAGAAGAAUCUUCGAACUCGUUUGUGAGUGCGGAAGAAGAUCCAGAAGAAAACCCAUCAGAAGAAUCUCGCAAAAAUCCGAGGGAGAUUCGACGAACUAGCAAGAAAGAUACAGUGGGCGAUGAAAUCCAAGAACUCGAAAGCCCAGAGGAGAAGAUCCAAGGAACAGACGCGGAGAUCCCAGAAGAAUUCCAGGAAGGAAACCCUAGGAUCGAAGAUGAAUGCAAGGAAACCGAGGAUCUACAAACCUCUCUGCCUCCAGAACAAGUUGAUACGGGUAAACUUGAUGAACUCUUUACUUACUCUACUAGAGAUAUAGAGGAAAGUUCGGAUAGUGAGCCUAGGUUGAGAAGAAAAAACACAAGAAGGCGUGUAGAUUUUGAUGUGAGUGUAGAGAAUGUAGAAUCUGGGAAGGAUGUGGGUGAUACAUCCAAACAAAUGGAGAAACUGCCCUCAGUUCAAUUAGGGCAGGAGAAAUCGAAGGAUGCUGAAAUCGAAGUGGUUGCGGACUCAGCAACGGAGACAAAAGUGCUGAAAUCAAAAGAGGAUGAUGAACCUGAGGUGGACUCACGUGCGCAAAAGGUUGAAAGCAAGAAACCUAAGGUUCAAAGGAAGACAAAAUCACAACCUGCCUUGGUGAUUACUGAGCACAAGACCCCUAAGAAAUCCGAGAAGAGGAAGGCUGAACCAGCAAAAGAUAUGCUGAGGGCAAAAUCUUCAAAAAUUUCUAAAGAAUAUCAAAAGGAGAAGAUGAAGGGGAAGAGAAAAGUUCAGGAAGAAACUGAGAUACCCAGUUCUCCUUCUGGGUCAGAAGAUGAGGAAUUACUGGCGAGCCUGUGUAUGUCUCAUCAAUUUGUUGAUGAAAAAUCUGAACAAAGGUUCAAUGACAUGAAGAAUCUCAACACGAUUGUGGAGAGAAACGUGAAUGUGAGCAACCUCAAGGAGCAGGGGAUAUGGGAUAUCCUGGAACGUCUAAGUCUAGAAGAAACAGCCACCUAUGCUUGUCCCCACAGCAAAAUUCUGAUCAAAGAAUUUUAUGCAAACAUCACUAAGAAAAUUGUGAAGGCAGGGGAUCCAAUGUACCAUCGGGUGUACAUAAGAGGAAAGAUACUGCACUUUUCUCCAGCAGUAAUCAACAAGUUUUUGGGCUUGAAGAACUCAGUUGUGCCUAUCAUGGAUGAGUUGGACAGGGAGAUUGACCAGAAAGAGCUGGAGAUAGCUCUCACUGACACCUUUGAUGAAAAGAGGAAAGGAGAAAUAGCCCCCAGUGGAGUUGAACUUCGAGGCUUCAGUACUUUUCAAAAUAGCCAGAGCUAA